CAGAUCAGAUUCGCCUGUUUGUGUUGCGACUUUAAAAAAAUAAAAGUAAUUCAACAACAGAUCUCAGUAAACGUGAUGUGGACGUGGCCGUGGGGCACUGAAGAACUACCGGGAAAGUUGUCAAGACGCCUGGCUAUCGUGAAGUAGCUGAUCGCCUCCGUGGCGUGCUGUGGUCUGAGUAGAUACUGGAGUGUGUGCUGAUUGGUACUGCAUGCAGCCCUCAGUGAUCGUAGAGUAUCUGGAUUCUGGACUCAACCUUUUUGCGAAGCGUGAUCGGGCAUUUUAGUUCUUGGCGUUGACUGCCGAUGAUUAUUAGCAAUGGCUUUCUUCAUGUCAUCAAUUCGAAUAGCUUCAAAUUAUUUGAGAAGCCACGUGCACGCGUCCAUGCAGUCACAUGGUCAUUGGAAUAAUUCCUAUCGUACACUCUGCACUAGCAGCUGUCGUUCAGUGGACUCCGGAGUACCUUAUGAUACGAGCAGUAAGAUCGACGCAGCGACCAGCAGCCAUCAACUGCCCAGCAGUGCGGACGCUGUGAUUAUUGGCGGAGGUGCUGCAGGAUGCUCUGCUCUCUACCACCUGACCAAGCUGGGAAUGAAAAAUGUUGUUCUCUUGGAACGCUCCAAGCUGACAGCGGGUACGACAUGGCACAGUGCUGGACUGGUAUGGCGACUACGGCCGUCUGAUAUUACCAUCGAGCUGCUAGCCAGGACGCGUGACUUACUCGUCGACACCAGUGCGACCGGCCUACAAGCAGAGAGUCAAGGUUUGGAUGCGGGCUGGAUCCAGAAUGGCGGGCUGUUUGUGGCAAACACCAAGGAGAGACUCGAUGAGUACAAACGGCUCAUGACGCUUGGUAAAUGCUUUGGCAUUGAAUCCUCCGUGCUAUCACCGGCGGAGACUAAAGACCUGUAUCCACUGAUGAACGUCAGUGAUGUGUAUGGCACACUCUACAGUCCCGGCGACGGUAUCGUUGAACCGUCCGGUAUCACGGCAGCGUAUGGCCGUGCUGCUAUCCAUCACGGAGCCAAGAUUGUGGAGAACUGCGCUGUCACUGGCAUCGAGACGAAGGAGAGUGCACUGUCAUCGCGUCAAGUGUCUGCCGUGCACACGGACCAGGGCACGAUCAACACAAGCUGUGUGGUGAACUGCGCGGGUGGCUGGGCACCCAGCGUUGGCGCCAUGGCUGGUGUGACGGUGCCCCUGGUUGCAAUGAAACAUGCCUACGUGGUCACCGAGGCUAUUGAAGGCAUUCGCAACUGCCCCAAUGUCCGGGAUCAUGACCUGUCACUGUACCUCAAACUGCAGGGCGAUGGACUCAGCUUGGGAGGCUAUGAGAACAACCCGAUAUUCGUUGAUGAGCUUCCCGGGGACUUCAAUUUCUCGCUGUAUGACUUGGACUGGGAUGUGUUCUCCACUCAUCUGACCUCAGCCAUCCAUCGUGUGCCACACUUGGAGAACGUCGGCAUGAAAUCUACCGUCAGCGGGCCUGAGUCUUUCACCGCCGAUCACCAGCCGUUGAUGGGUGAAUCACCAGAAGUGCGUGGCUUCUACCUGAGCUGUGGCUACAACUCCAGUGGUAUCAUGCUGAGUGGUGGAUGUGGUCAGCAGAUUGCAGAGUGGAUUGUACACGGCAAGCCAAGCCUGGACAUGUUUGCAUUUGAUAUCAGGCGGUUUGGUACGUCCUACACGGAUAACGUGCAGUGGUGUCGCCAGCGCAGCCAUGAGUCGUACGCCAAGAACUACAGUAUUGUCUUUCCUCAUGAUGAACCAAUGGCUGGGAGAAACCUGCGCAAGGACCCACUGCAUGAGGAAUUGAUGAAAGCCGGCUGUGUGUAUCAGGAGCGGCAUGGCUGGGAGAGACCCGGCUGGUUCAUGCAAGACUCUGAAAAGCUGGCUGAGGUUCUACCAUACGACUACUACGGUGAGUAUGGUAAUGAGAAGCACACCGACUACACCUACAAGCAAGCUGUGCAACAAGACUACAAGUUCAGCUAUCCAGACUGCUUUGAAACGAUUAUGUCAGAGUGCAAGGCAUGCCGUGAAGACGGUGCUCUCUUCAAUAUGUCCUACUUUGGAAAGUUUCUCUUGCGCGGACGAGAUGCCAGGAAAGCAGCUGACUGGUUAUUCACUAAUGACAUUGGGGCGAAAGAUCGUCUUGUGUAUACAUGCAUGCUGAACAAGGACGGUGGUACAGAGUCCGACCUCACUGUGGCCAGUGUUCCCCCAUCCGUACUGCCUAUCCUUGGUGCUGGUAGUGGUGGCAGUGAUGGUAGUGAGACAUUCUACGUUGCAUGUGGUGGUGCUGUUGCUACUUAUGUUCAGCAGCAUGUGCUGCGUGUACUGCGUGAGAAGCAGUUUGAUGCACAGCUGGUUGAUGUCAGUGACAAACUCGGCCUGCUCAGUCUGCAAGGUCCUGUGAGUCGAAAGGUACUGCAGCAGUGCACUGACACAGACCUCAGCACAGCCGACACCACAGCGUACGGACGGCACUUUGCCAUGACGCUGAACGGUGGCGGUGAGCAAGUCUGGGCAAUGCGCAUGUCGUUCGUCGGCGAGUACGGCUACGAGCUGCAUGUUCCCAGCGAGUCCCUCCUGGCCGUGUAUCGGCAGAUGAUGUCAGCGGGGAGGGAGUAUGGUGUUUGCAACGCUGGUUACCGUGCUAUUGACCUGUUGAGUGCAGAGCAGGGCUAUCACCACUGGCACAGUGAUCUGAGAACAACGGAUACGCCAGUCGAGGCCGGUCUGGGCUUUGUGUGCUCGCGCAGCAAGGACUAUCUGGGAAAGGAUGCCGUGGAGCAGCAGAGGGCCAGCGGACACACUCGCCAGCGUAUCUGCCUCGUCAUGGAUAGCAGUGAAGAGCCGCUACAUGGCAAUGAGGCAGUCUGGUGCAAUGGCACCGUUGUCAGCUAUGUACGCCGGGCCGGUGUAGCACAAGCAAGUCGACAAUGGCUUGCGUUCGCCUACAUCGAUAAACCAGCGGAAGAGAAGCUGACCAACGCUGUCCUGGCGAACCGUAACUACGAGAUUGAGCAGAUGGGCAUCAAGACACCAGCCCGGGCGUAUCUCAGGUCGCCGUUUUCAAAGAAGUGAGCACCCUCAGGAAGUAUGCAGUGAUAAUCCUAUGUCAAGAGACUGCUACAGUGUAGUGGCGUGUACGUCCUGACAUUGUUAUCCCAUGCAAUGGGUGUGUAACAGAUUAGCACUCCACUUACAGUGAUAACGGUGUGGGCUUUUAGGAAAACCUGUUAUGCUUGUUGUUCAGGAAAACCUGUUCUGUUUGUUGUUGCCCAUGUCGCUUUAUACUCAUUCCCAUUUUCUUCAAUUUGAAAGCAGCGCAAACAAACACGCUAUAUGUAUGCUAUAUGUAUGCUAUGCAGAUUCAUUUACGUUUACACUAGCCCUAUAAUGUUGUUAAUCUUAUUGGAUGCAAACAAAUUAUUUUCAUGCCACACACGUUCAGCCUAAUGUCAAGCGCGUGGAUAUUCUGCAGUUCAUUUCACUGACAGCCCUACCUCGGUUACCUAUCUACCUCUGUUAUUGCAAAUCCUCCUUUGGCCAGUAUAGUUAUGCUCAGAAAAUCUAUCUUUCUACCCCCGCGGCUAUUUGUUGUACAUGUUAUCACCCAUCCCGCUAUAGCAGGGGCGUGCUCGGCCCCCCCCCCCCCCAACUAGGGGGGUGCACGGGAGCCCCCCCGGCAAUUUUCUGCAAUUUGUUUGCAACCUUUCUUGAAUUUUAGAGCAUAUUUGCAUACAUUACAAUUGCAAUUACCCAGAUUGAAAAUUUUGUGGGGGGUGCACGUGCCCCCCGUGCCCAUCGCCGAGCACGCGCCUGUAUAGUAUAGGUAAUAGAACAUGUUUAUGAACAUCAACAAAUACCCAGUUAGUCUCUCCUACACCCAAAUUCGUUCCUAUUACUGUACUGAAAAUUGUGUGAAAUUAGGUUGAGUUGAACUUCA